AUGGCCGGGUUCGACGAUGGAGACAGUUUCUUCGGGGACGAUGAUCUCGACACUCUUCCGCAAGAUGCUCUCGAAGAAUUAGAGAACAAUGCCAUUCAGUUUACCCAGGCCCAGACCCAAGCUCUGCCGCAACCCCCUCCUUCAUCCGAUUACGGUGAUGAUUUCGACGACGAGGACCUGGAUAAUGCCGUGGUAGUUGACCAGUCACGGGCUAUACCUUUGGUGCCAUCUUAUCCCAAUCGAAGUGUCUCUGGUCAACCACCACCUCGAGACCAAAACCGGCCUCAACCACAUCCUACUCCAAGUCCAAUCCUACCAAAUAGAAAGAGAACCAAUCCUCCUCCUAAAUUCUCUCAGCCGAAUCGGUACCCGCCUCAACUUGUUGUACCUGAAGAUGAUUCCCUGCGGGUAGAACAUGGCAGUGCCACUUCGUCACAGCCUAGUUCAGAAGUGCAGCGAUUGCAGAGCAUCAUUGAAGAGUUAACAAAGGAACGAAAUGCCCUAAAAAACGAUGUCAACGCCAAGGCGGGAGAGAUUUCGAUUAUAAGGAGUAAAUUUGAGACGACUGUCAAGCAAUAUGAACGAGAAAUGGCCGCCCAGCGAAAGCUGGAUGAGGACAAGCUUGCAAAGCAGCAGAAAGCUUUGGAGGCUGCACGUAUCGCCGAGAGAAACGCUGCAACGGAAAGAGAUUUCAUCAGGCGAGAUCUGGCUGAGGAAUCAGAGCGAGUCCGUCAGUUGAAUAAGGCCCGGGAAGCUGAAAGGAAAGGAGUCGAUCUUGUCACAACUCCUAAAAAGAAGAAGGCUCUCCCACAUCGCGAUGGAUUUGACGACGACGAAAUUGAGAUUGUCUCACCAUCAAAGAUAUCCCCAUCCAAAUUCCAGAAGAGAUUGGCAGGAUCUCCUUCUAAGCCGGCAAAACGGAAACGAAAGGCUGCUGAGAGCCCUGCCAGUGCUUUGCAAGUCAUACACAGCGAGGAAUCCACAGAAUCUGGUCCUCCAGCUCCUCUACUUGACGAAGGCCUUAUAGCAAAGUUGGGCAUUCCAGACGGUCGGUUUGACUUUCUUGGAAUGAUGCUGGACCACCGCGUUGAAAGCAAUGGCCUCCGGACUUUUGAAGAGUUGGGAAAGCACAACUAUCCAUCUGCUCCCAACGAGUCAUUUCAAGCAAUCAUAUUGGGAAAGAUUCCUUCGCUCGGAUUCAAGAAAUCUUCUAAAGAUCUUGAAGUUGACUUCUGUGAGCUUCUCAUUGCCAUCUGGGCGAAUUGUGCAAAAGAGGAUCACUAUGCCCCUGUAUAUCUAUUUAUAGAUAUGCUGACAUUUGCUCUUGAACUCGAUACCUCCUCAAUUGCGACACAUAUUAUUGACUCGUUGCUACCCGUCGCUCAACUGACUGCUGACCAAGUAGCUAUAAAACGCUUCCAAAAGUCCCGAGGGCCUCAUGAGAAGUAUAUAGAUGUCACUGCAUGCAUGUCCCUACUGUAUCUUGCAGCUCAAGGAUGCAUGUCGGACCAAGAUAAUAUCACGAGAUUCUGGAAAUUGAUGCGCUGGGAUCUUGUCCUCUUCAUGCUCAGCACGAACCAAGGUCCUACAGAUCUCAAUCUUAUGCUUGAUCUCUUGUCCACGAGCAUCACUAUGGAAACUUUCGGCGCUCUGCCAACUGAGAUGACCUAUGCCGAGCAAACAAAUCACAUCCUGGACAAAACUGGCUUUCACCUUGUGGAAACUCCAGUCACUCUAUUGCUGGUUAAUAAUAGAGAGUCUGCAGUUAAGAUGAUAAGUGAGAAUUGGAAAGAAAAGGACAUCUUUCAGCUCCGGAUCCGAACACUCCAACUCAUGAUUGCAAUGACACGCUCUCCAUUUUGUUGUAGUAUCAUGGAAUCAAAUCAUCUCCUCAUUGGGAGACUGGUAUCUCUUGUAAGUGACGAGCUGGAUACAUUGUACGACUUCAAAUCCGGACGAAAGGACAGUGCACGUAUCAUAACCUUGGGUUUCCGGUUACUGUACUUCCUAGUAACCAAAUACGAGAACCUCGACAUGCAGAAGAAACUAUCAGUCAUACCAGGCGGUACGCAGAAAUACAUUCUCUGCCUCUCGCGGCUGCACUUCUCAGAGGACGACCUCGUUCUAGAAUCAGGCAUUGAACCUGAUAUUGCCGGCCUGGCUUUCGAGCUUCUCGGCCUCCGCGUAACUCCUGAAGAGGGAGACGCCAUCCACGAUGCUUUCUCAAGCUCGUGA